ACAUUGACUUUUCGAGUUCGAAAAACAUCGUUCGUUUGCCGAAAGUGAAAAAAUCUGAACGUUUACCGUGUUCAGCGGUCAGUUUACUUGUUAAUCUGUGAGUGGAUAAUGAGAAGACACUUGGCUGCUAGCUGAUUUUGAUGGGAGAGCGUCAGCGAGUGUUGACUGAUGAGAUGGCGACUACAAGCGCGGUCGCCACAAUCCCCCCCCAACUGCAAGAGGAGCCUGCUGAGCCCGUGGCAGUGAUCACGCUGCGGCCGACGAAGCCACAGGAGCGCAAGAAGGUAGUCUGGACGGAAGACACCGUCGACAAUGAGAACAUGAACAAGAAGAAGUCGAAAUGCUGCUGCAUAUACGAGAAGCCGCGGAAGUUCGACGAGUCCUCGUCGGAGGAAGACUCUGACGAGUGCGAGCACUGCUUCGGGCACGUGGAGCGUCGCAAGAAGCACACGCACACGCACCAACAAGCGUCCACUGCCGGCCCUGGGACCAGCACGCAGGUCUCCCAGAUGCAGGAGGAGCCCCCGGAACCGACGACGACGGUGGCGCUGCAGCCGGCGCCCGAGCCCGCGCCUGCGCCCUCGCCGCCCGACAAGAAAGACCCUACCUCCUAAGUAAACAUGCUGUAUUCUAUUGGACCUAUUAGGUCACUAUUUCUAGGAUGUAUCGAGUGAGUGAGCAACUGUUCCUCUGAUUAUAACACUCCUUGUUCUACUUAAUUCUGGCCGGGUGCUCUUGUAUUGUCGCAACCGACUAGAACAACGGAAUAGAAGAAAAAGGUUGGAAAGGCCAAGGGAUAAUACACUUGCCACUUGUAAAUCUUUUUUUUUUCGAUAUCUUUCAGUGGCGGAUAAAUAGUGAGCCUUCGGGAAUAAAGGCUUCGUGGUGAGCAAAAAUCGCUGCUUAAGGAAAUAGGAUAAAACCGAAUAUGAAGUUGAAUUUUGAAAUCAUAUUUCCUCAAAUAAUUAAAAUGACGUGGUUUUCAGUGGCAAUUAGCCUGCCCCUAUUACAAGGGUCCUAAACAUAGCUGGCGAGGAAUGGGUGUGUAUAUUAGUAUACCUUUGCCUACAUCUCUACUCCGGAGGUACAAAAGUUAUGCUGUGUUUUUAUUUCCUCCAGCGGCGAUUUACGUCCCCCAUACGUGCAAGUAGCUGGCACACUUAAUAAUAAUAAUUUGUUGUCAAAACAGUGGAUACAAUUCUUUCCUUAAACAUAGCUUAGUAUUAGACACAGAUAUAAAUAGGUAGGUACCAUAGCUGACUAAGUAUAAAAAUACUUGUAUUACAGUCUAUGAUGCCUCUCUCAUGGAUAUUUAUGUUAUGUUAAGCCAGCUAGUAUACAUACUUGUUAUCGAAACAAAGAAAUGGGUGAAUAUCAAAAUGUGCCAAGUUUGGUGGCGAACUGUCAUAUAAUUUUUUCGUGAAAAAUUGGGUUCCGACAUGAAAAAGGAUCCUUUUUAUAUCCUUUUUCACGUCGGAACCGAGGAUCCUUUUGAAUCUUUUUCAUGUCGGAACCCAAUUUUUCACGAAACAAUAAUAUGAAAUUUCGCCACCAAACUUGAAAUUUGAUAUUCACCCAAAUACAGAAGUUUUUAAUUAAUGGCUUAUAUAAAACAAAAAUAUUACGUGGCAAGUGUAUCCCCUCCUUAACAUACCGGCCUGUCCACCAAUGAUUAUGAUUACAACAGGAGUUUAUAAGUCAAGCAUUUAUGUGUAUAGCAAUAAUAUUCCAUAGCAAUAACCACGGAAUAGAAGAAAGUUGGAAAGACCCUAACGCAUAUUUUGUAUGAGAACCGCUGUCGCCGGUUCAACCCCACUCUUACUACUACUCCUGCAAACAGAUAACUAUGAUAGCUCUUCUGCUUCUUAAAUCCCAUAGCCACUUUACAAGCAAUGUGUAUUUUAGAAAGAAAGGAAGAAACGUUUAUUAUAAACGAUGUCACUAACACCCUGUAUAUAAAAAUAUUUACAGAUAAGUACCUACUUUUCAUGUACGGUUGAUAUUACAAAGAUGUACAAUCCCCAGCAAGUUGCAGAUAAGUUGCGAGACGUCAAUUUAGCGUCAAUUAUAAUUCCACAUAUUAUGC